AUGGCUAAGACGUGUGGAGGACAGACCAUGUCAGCUGAUGUUUGCAAUGCCGUUCUACGAGGGAUCGAACAAGUAAUGAAACAAGCCAAACUAGCAAGACUUUUCACGUUGCUAGAUCAGCUGGGAUCAACUGGUUGCACUCUCCUAAAGAAAAUCAUAGCAAUCGGAAUGAUUGCAGCAGCGCCGCUGCCAGGAAGGAGUUGGAUGACUUCACGAGCUGCCUACAGAAACAUACUACGAUUGAGUCGUGGUAAACACAGGCUCACUUCCACCGACAUCCAAAGGGAUUACCCGUUGGCAGUGAACAGAUCCCGCCAACAAGAACUAUUCGGAGACUGCCGGACCUUCUGA